GUAAAACGAUAAAACCAAAGAACUAAUAGCGCACUCAAUAAUUAGUAACACAAUUGAUAUAUUUUCUUUAAUUAACACAUAACUUUGUCGUAAAACACAACACAGCGUUUGAACUCUUUGCAAAAUUUGUAUGUGUGCUUGUUUCCGUGCAUACCUAAAUAUUCAAAUGUAGGUUUAGUGGCGCGUGUUUUUUAUUAUGAAGGAGAUGGAACGGCUAGGUGCUUCAUGAUGCGCGCUACAGCGUAAGCUAACAAGAUGGCAGAGUACUUAGCAUCCAUUUUUGGCACCGAGAAAGACAAAGUGAACUGCUCUUUUUAUUUUAAGAUUGGUGCCUGCCGACAUGGUGACCGCUGCUCCAGAUUACACAACAAGCCGACGUUUAGCCAAACGGUUGCGAUGCUCAACAUUUACAGGAACCCUCAGAACACCGCCCAGUCCAUGGAAGGUGUGACCUCUAACGUCAGUGACGUGGAGAUGCAGGAACAUUAUGACGAGUUCUUUGAGGAGGUCUUCACAGAAAUGGAGGAAAAGUAUGGCGAAGUGGAAGAAAUGAACGUGUGCGACAACCUCGGGGACCAUCUGGUUGGAAACGUUUACGUGAAGUUCCGCAAGGAGGAGGAUGCAGAGAAGGCCAUGCUGGACCUGAACAACCGCUGGUUCAACGGGCAGCCCAUCCACGCCGAGCUCUCCCCCGUCACAGACUUCAGAGAAGCCUGCUGUCACCAGUAUGAGACGGGGGGUUGCACCCGCGGGGGUUUCUGCAACUUCAUGCAUCUGAAGCCCAUCUCACGUGACCUGAGGAGACAGCUGUACGGCCACCGCAGGAAGAGCCGCCAAAGACCCCGCUCAAGAGACAGGCAGUCCGGCUCCAGGGACAGAGGUCGAAAGGCAGAACACGAUCACAAGAGGCGGCGCUCCAGAGACCGGGAACGCUCCGGGCGGUUCUGAGCCACAGCCCGGACCCCCCAUCCUCCUCCCCCUUCUGAAUACACACUUGUCUUUUUUUAAAGUUGUCCUACAAGAUCUGUUGUAGGAAUGACUGAGAUGUUUUAAAGCUGGAGCUUUGUUAUUUGGAAAAUGACCAUUAAAUUUUAAAUCCUUGCUUAACAAAACAGAUUCUUUCCCCGGUGUAUCUUAAACAUACUGCUAUAUUUUAUAGAAAUUUUGUCAAAGGGCGCUUUUAUUUUUUUAAAUAAACAUUUCACAUUC